GUUGACUGGUGAUGUCAUUUCCGAUUACAAAUUUCUUACCCCCACCACCGAUAUGCUCUCUCCAGUCCUCCAUGGGCAUCACCCACAUUCACCACCAUGAACGGCGCGCACUCUACAUGUGUUGUAUCCGAAGCAUGUGUACUCAAUUUAAAAAUAACAGGAAUAUUAUUAUCUUGUUGACCCAUUCUGUAUUGUGUUUAUAGCGUUACUAAUAUUGUUCAUAAUUUUCCAAAAUACAAAAUAAACAUUUGUAACUGCCAUAAUAAUAGCUUUUUAUAUCAAUAGAAUGAACGGAACUCUAAAGAGAUUUCUGCAAUUGUAUCCAAUAGCGCGUAAUUGGAGAGUUCUAUCAAAUUAUUUGGUACCAUUACAAUCGAUACAGAAAGUAUCACGAGUUUAUAGUACUAGCUUGACAGAUCAUACGCAGCUGGAAAAUUGUAUAUCACCGAUAGAAAAAAACUAUGUAUCUACUGAUGUCAAGACAUCAUAUAAAUCUAUGGAAAUAUUGGAGAAAGCAGCAAGAAAUUAUACAGAUAUGACUGCACAUGAUGCUAUUGAUGCAAUAUUUACAUUAUUUAGAGUUUCUAAAGAUACAAGAGAGGAUUUGCAAAAUAUCAAGCGGCAUGUAGGCUUUUUACGUCUGUGGGAAGUGUUACACAGAAAUAUUAGACUUUUGAAAACUAGCGAGAUUAUUAGCAGUUUGAGAAUGUUAGCAUAUUUCAAGAUUUCAGAUAACUGUGUUUUAUCUCAGUUACUAUUGCAAAUGAUUCGUGCAAACGUAAAUGAGAUGUCACUUGAUGAAAUAAUCAGUAUAUUUAUAUUAUUAAAGAAAAUGGAUAGUACACCAUUGAAAGAUGCUUUACUGAUAGCUCUACCUGUUGUAUUUGAGACACAACUAUCCACAAAAUUGGAUUCAGAUAACAUUUUUAUGCUGGCACGAGCAUUAAGAUUUAUAAGUGAAAAUAAUAUUAAAAAUCCAGAAGUACAAAAUAUCUUACUCAAGUCAUUAAAAAAACUUGAAAAGGAUCUAAAUGUACAAACAGCUCGAUCCAUCUUUUGUAGUUUAUGUAUUAUCUCUUAUUCGUCUCCAGCUUUUUUAGCCUUUGAAUUGCUAUUUAACGUUCAAAAGAUUUUAAUAAGUGAUGCAAAACAAUUGAGUGUUUCAGAGAUAAUAAAAGCGCUCAGUAAACUGGUACUUGUCACUUCAAGGAACAAAGAAUAUGGAUACAAAUUCUAUAAUGAAGCACUGGUGGAUGCUUUUGUCAAUUCAGCAUUAUCCACAGAUAUUUCUUUUGAAGAUUGUAUCUAUUUGCUGAAACUUUUAAAUGAGCUGAACUACGCGCAUAUACCCUUGCUGGAGUAUUUAGCAGCAAAAUGCUUUGAGCAACCAAAUCUGUUAAAAAAUGCAUCGUAUUUCAGAAUAUUUAUUUUCUUAGAAGGAUUAAUUAAUGCCGAUUACAAGCCAGUAUUUUGGGAUAUUAUACGAGAUGCGAUAUUAGCGAAUAAAAUGGAGAUCAAAGUUUACAACAGAUCUAUGAUUAAAUUUGCUCUGCAUUUGAUUGCAUUGGAUUGUUAUAGCCCAAAUUUAAUCAGCAAAGUCUUUUCUCAAAUUAUAAAAACCAAUGAACCAAUGGAAGAUAUUUAUGUGAGAGAACUGUUACUUUUAUAUCAGAGUGUUAAAACGCUGUAUCCUAUGUAUAAUGGACCAUGGCCAUCACACGAUAUACUUGAACAUGCUAUAAGCAUACACAAAACAUUGCUUAGUCCUAUAUUUUCGACAUUUUCUUUAAAAACGGCAUUAGAACUAGCAUUAGGUGGUCCUCAAUAUGUUCAUAAUGACUUGAAGACAAAACUUGGACAUUAUAUUGAUCACGUUGUUGUAAUGAGGAAAGGUGGAUAUCCUGUUGCAAUUAAUACAGUUACAUUAAAUGAAACUAAUACAACAUAUAUUGAAGAUAUACAAACUCCAAGCGAAAGUCAGAUGAUACUUAUUUUCAAUUUACCUGACGCUGCAUACGCUGUGAAUUCUCAAAGAUUAAAAAGUACAUGGUCAUUAAAAGUAAAAUCCGUAGAAGCAUUAAUAAAAACCAGCGUAAUUGCGAUCAACUCUAAUUCUUGGAUGAAACUACCAGAGUAUGAAAGACUUCCCUAUCUAAUGCGAGCUAUAAAACUAAAGUGUGAAGACGACUCAUUUUUAACGAAAUAAAAUAAUAUUUUGUAAACGAUACAAAAGUUAG